CCAAAGGCUGAGGCGGACAAGAAGGAGGAAAAGAAGGAAGAAAAGCCCAAGGCUGAGGCAGACAAGAAGGAAGAAAAGAAGGAAGACAAGCCCAAGGCUGAGGCAGACAAGAAAGAAGAAAAGAAGGAAGACAAGCCCAAGGCUGAGGCAGACAAGAAGGAUGAAAAGAAGGAAGACAAGCCCAAAGCCGAGGCCGAUAAGAAAGAUGACAAGAAGUCAGAUGCUCCAAAGUCUGAGGGCGAGAAAAAGGCAGAAAAGCACGGAGAAGUCCAGUGGACUUGCCCGCCCGCAUGCCCUAAUGCCGAGAAAAACAACAAGCCAAAGGCGGAGGCCGAGAAAAAGGAGGAGAAGAAAGAGGACAAGCCCAAGGCGGAGGGCGACAAGAAGGAAGACAAACCCAAAGCCGAGGGUGAGAAGAAGGAGGACAAACCCAAGGCCGAGGGCGAGAAAAAGGAGGACAAACCCAAGGCUGAGGGCGAGAAGAAGGAGGACAAGCCCAAGGCUGAGGGCGAGAAGAAGGAGGACAAACCCAAGGCUGAGGGCGAGAAGAAGGAGGACAAACCCAAGGCAGAGGGCGAGAAAAAGGAGGAAAAGAAAGAAGACAAGAAGGAUGACAAGCCUAAGGCCGAUGGCGCGAAGAAAGAAGAGAAGAAAGAUGACAAAAAAGACGACAAGCCUAAGGCAGAGGCCGACAAGAAGGACGACAAGCCGAAGGAUGGAAAGCCAGAGGCCCCAAAGGCCGAGAAGCAGAAAACUGAGGAAAAGCCGAAGGAAUCG